ACCAUCACCAACAUGACGACCCUCCCAAAAUGUUAUCUUAAAUUGUAUUUCCAGACUCAAAACCUUCACAUAAAAUAUAUUAUUAUAUUAACUAAUAUGUAUUAAUGAAUAUACAUUGAGGCACAGGCAUUUAUAAGUCUAUUCUAUGAUAGUAUAGAAGUUUGUAUUUAUUUAUUUAUUACAUAUUAGUCUUUUAGAUUGCAAUUAAAUACGUUUCAUUAAAGUGUUGACAGCAUUUCGUUGUAUAUGGAAUGUUGUCUGGUUUUACAUUUUUUGGUUUAUAUUAGAUCAUGCUAUAAUCUCGAACUACUUUACAUGAGUCUACAUGAAGGCGGUACGCUUUAAUAUUAAGUUAAAGCGCCACCUCCUGGCUGAAUACCGACAUUGUCCCCUGCGCGUUCACGGCUUGCGGUGCGCGCACGCUGCGCACUCGCCGAUGUCACGCGUUACCCAAACAAGACAGACGCGUGCCCGCCCCCUGUGUGUGUGUCAGCAGCACCAUGGAUGUGUUAUGGUGCACUGGUAUUCGGACAUCAUUGAGACAGCAGCAGUGAGUAACUGACAGUGAUGGAGCCUGUGCCGACACCUGACAUCUGAGUACAUGACAACAGAUCAAGGGGUGUCAAACUAACCGAGCCGGCCUGCCAACGGGUCCGAUCUGGCCCACUAGAUGACAAGGCUAAGAGGUGCAAGAUUUUAGGAGCAAGUUAAACGGAGGUGGAGAGCUGAACCCUGAACCUGAAGAUGAGGCGUCUGUCACGGAGGAAGGCCCUGAGCUUGGUGAGGGAGCUGGAUGCCUUCCCCAAAGUGUCAGAGAGCUACGUGGAGACGUCGGCGUCAGGAGGAACAGUGUCGCUGAUAGCGUUUGGGGCCAUGGCUCUUCUGGCCAUCUUGGAGUUCUUUGUUUAUAGAGACACGUGGAUGAAGUAUGAAUAUGAGGUUGACAAGGAUUUCUCCAGUAAACUGAGAAUAAACAUCGACAUCACAGUCGCCAUGAAAUGCCAGCAUGUUGGCGCAGAUAUUCUGGACCUGGCUGAGACCAUGAUCACAUCUAACGGCCUCCAGUACGAGCCUGUUAUUUUUGAGCUGACUCCACAGCAGAGACUGUGGCAAAGGACGCUGCUUCUCAUACAGAACAGGCUGAGAGAGGAACAUGCUCUCCAGGAAGUCCUUUACAAAACUCUCCUCAAAGGAGGUCCCACUGCCCUGCCUCCACGGGAGGAUGGCUCUGUGGAGCCGAUUGAUGCUUGCAGGAUACACGGGCACGUCUACGUCAACAAGGUGGCAGGAAAUCUACACAUCACUGUGGGAAAGCCCAUUCACCAUCCCCAGGGUCAUGCCCACAUCGCAGCUUUUGUGAGCCACGAGACUUACAACUUUUCCCAUCGAAUAGACCAUUUAUCUUUUGGGGAGGAGAUACCGGGCAUCAUCAAUCCUCUGGACGGCACUGAGAAAAUCACCUAUAACAAUAACCAGAUGUUCCAGUACUUUAUCACAGUGGUUCCAACCAGACUGAACACGUACAAGAUAUCUGCAGACACACACCAGUUCUCUGUGACUGAGCGGGAGCGAGUGAUCAACCAUGCAGCAGGCAGUCACGGUGUGUCCGGCAUCUUCGUCAAGUACGACACCAGCUCUCUGAUGGUGACAGUCAGCGAGCAGCAUAUGCCACUGUGGCAGUUCCUGGUGCGACUGUGCGGUAUUAUCGGGGGAAUCUUCUCCACGACAGGGAUGCUCCAUGGGCUUGUUGGCUUCUUUUUUGACGUCAUCUGCUGUCGCCUUAAACUGGGAGUCUACAGGCCCAGAGAGGACGUGCAGCUUCACAACCAGAUGAACAAUCUAAACAAUCACCAGACUCCUUUGUUGGCUGAAGACGUCCCUCAGGAGUAGCUGCUUUAAAGCGACCAGGCUUUUGGCCAUCAUCAACCAUCUUCAAUAUGUCAUGGUUUUUUUGUUUUUUUUUUUCUAAAAAAGGCAAAGCUGUCUGUUAAACACUGUGCUUUUGACUUGAAAUAAAGUUCACAUCAAAUUGUUGCACUUUAGGAAAAGGUGUUCCCUGUGACUGCAGUCAUAUUUGUGUUGUUAAACAUUAUUUCCUUUCUGUGAUUUCUUCUGAAAUGUCGUUGGAUUUCUGUUUCGUUUUGCUGUACUACUGAUUGUUUGGUUGUUGUCUGACUCCAUUAAAAUUUAAACAUCCACAAA